CUCUCACACACACAGCACCCAUCGAACCGCCAUGUUCAACGCCGUGGCCAACGCCGUCGAGGCGCGCAUGGCGCCCUCGCACACCGACGGCACCGUACCCGAGGCCAACCCCGAGCACCAGCCUGCGCCCGAGGCGCCCGACGGCCCUCGCGAGAAGAUGCUCGCGCUGACCUGGCAGGGAGUUAACAAGGUCGAGAUGCAGCAGUGCGACGUGCCGGUUCUCAUCAAUGACCACGACGUCAUCAUCAACAUCACGGGCACGACUGUCUGUGGAUCAGACCUGCACCUAAUGCACGGCGCACUACUCGAGAUGAACAAGCACGACAUCCUCGGACAUGAAUUCUGCGGCGUGAUUGCCGAGGUGGGAUCAAAGGUCUCCAAGCGCAAGGUUGGCGAGCGCGUCGUUGUCUCGUUCCAGAUUGCAUGCGGAAGCUGCUUUUAUUGCCGCCAACGUCUAAGCUCGCAGUGCGUCAACACGAACGCCAGCUCUCUGGAGCCCAAGCUCUACGGCCACAAGACGGCGGGCAUGUUUGGAUACAGCCAUCUGACGGGCUCAUUCGCCGGAGGACAGUGCGAGGUGGUCCGCGUGCCCUGGGGCGACGUGAACUGCCUGCCCAUCCCCGACUCGGUGCCCGAUGAGGCAGCACUCUACCUCAGCGACAUGUUGCCGACCAGCUAUCACACCGUGGUCGACACUGGCGUGAAGGAUGGGGAUUGCGUCGCAGUGUGGGGAGCUGGCCCGAUUGGCCUCCUCUGCGCCCAUUGGGCGUUCCUCAAAGGCGCCAAGCGCGUCUUUUUGAUCGACCGUGACUGGCGUCUGGAAUACGCCAAGUCGAAGAUCCCCGAAGUCGAGACCAUCGAUUUUUCCCAAGUCAAGGAUGUUCCGGCGAAGCUCAGAGAGCUCACACGCGACGAGGAGGUCCCCGGAGUCGAUGUCGCGCUGGAAUGCGCAGCGGGCGAGUACGCCAAGAGCCUGCUGCACAAGGCGCAGCUUGCCGUGGGCCUCGAACUCGACACUCCUGAGAUCGUAAACGAGUGCAUCCUCAGCGUCAAGAACUUCGGCAGAGUUGGUGUGACCGGCAUCUAUACUGGCUUUUGCAAUGGCUUUGCUAUCGGGGCAGUCAUGGAGAAGGGCGUUCGCUUCAUCGGCUGUGGUCAAGCGCCAGUUCACAAAUACUGGGAUGAGCUUCUUCAGAUGCUCGUGGACAAGAAGAUCGAUCCGAUUUCGCUCUUUGUCACGCAUCGCCUGCCGCUCGAGGAGACGGCGCUGCUUUACAAGAAGCAGGACGCGCACGAGAACUCGAUCAUGAAGGCCUUCAUCACGACCAAGUACUCCUCCGAGCCUUCGCCCGGCGCGCCCAAGCUCUCGUCGCUGCGCGACUAAGCGUCGCACGUGAGCAAGCUGGGCCUCCGACAGCGACUGCAGCGCACACACACGUCGCUGCUCGCAGUCGUGUCGCUCGCCUGGCCUGCAUCUCGCGAUGCACGCUCCCUAGCCUCAUCCUCGGCCCCCUCGUCGACGCCUCUGAUCCACAUACACGCACGCACGCACGUUCCUUCCAAAGCUAGCAAUUGAAACAGAUCCGAUUCGAGCCUCC